UACGACAUAAAAUAUUACUCGAGUCUAAAGAAGGUCAAAUUUUCUUUACACUCCGGAAAAACGUACUGAGCUUAUAGACAAGGUCGUCGAUCAUUUUAUACGUAUAUUCUAUCUAUGUGUACAAUAAACAGUUUUUAGGUACAAAAACAGAAUGCCACAACGAACAAUUAUUAAUCGUCUCGUCGAUUUUCUAACUCCAUAAAGAUUUUUCUUAUAACUACAACUAUUAACAAUAGGUUCCGAGUUGUAAGUGGCAAGUUUCAAGUAGAAACGACUCGUUAUUGUCAGACGUAAGAUUCAACAGAGGUGCGAAGAAAAAGAAGAAGAGGAAAGCCACGAUUCUCUCUCAAAAGUUCUUCAAUAAAAAUCACUGUUUCGUAUGUGGACAACGUUGUAACGCUUAGCAUUAACCUUGUGCAUCGCUGAUUCUGAUAGAUAGGCUAUAAACACGUGUAACGAGUAGUUCCUAAGUAUAAAUCAAUAGAAAUAUCUCAAGAACGAAUGCGACCUGCACUGUACACGUAACAAGUAACAAAUGGUACAUAAAUAGAGAACCGGAAGCGUACAUCUAUACACACGCGUGUACUAUAUACAGAUAGCUAACAAGAAUAAUAAUGAUAAAAGGCAGAGAAGAUUAAUUUCUUACGUUUCCAUGUUUCUGUGUAUACGAGCAUGGAGGACUAUUUCUUAAUUUCACGCGAAGAUUGUCCCUGAAAUGGUGGUAGAUGCCCCAUAGUAUGUUAGAAACAGGGAAAUUCGAAAAAGACUUACAGGUUCCAACAGCGUGGGAGGAGAUUCGCAUUUUUGCAAAGAAUAUAAACGACUACGACGUAACAACGUUUACUAAAUUAACGUAACUUGAUUAUUAUUGUUACGUAUAUAUAUAAACCCAGGAUACGUACAUAUAGACAACCUGUAAUAGCAUAUUAAUGAAGCUGUCGGUUCGCGUGCUUCCAAUUCCUGUUACAAUAUUACAAUAAUUUGCCAAAUGUUUUCCAUCCUCGGUCAAAUUGUAGAGAAUUAUAUGAAAGAUAUGAGAAAUGCGAGGAAAAGAGAAUAAAGAAGGGAAGGAGAAAUUAGAGGGCUGAACGAUAAGGAAAAAAUAGGGGGGAAGACAAGUAUUGAAAACAGAAAAGGUAGGGCUGUGCGCAUUUCGCGCAUGUCGGUAUGACUAAAGGGAGCAGAGAAACGAGUGAGAGGAAAGGAGCAACAGUGAACAUCUAUCCGACAGAGGGAGAUAGUAAAAGAGAGAGGAGAACGGGGGAAAAAAGUACUAGGAAAAGGAAAGCGAGGACUUCCUGGGUGGGUGGUUGAUCGUAGACUGACUAGGCAACUACUCGUAAUAAAUCGCGUGACGAGUAACACAUUGAAGCUCCGCCGUAUUUCGUUUUGCUUCGGUCGGCGAAACAACCCACCAUAUCCUUCUAUUUAUUCAGAGUUCAAAGACACUUGGUGAGCGUUAGGAAUUUGUGUGAUUUUUACGCUCAAUUGCCAAAUCGAGUUCAAUAAUCGCAUCGCUUCGAGAUGACAGGCGCGGAUGAAGAAACGCAAGUAAACACUAAUACCUGCAAAAAUAUUCUUGUCGCAUUAUCUUGGAUCAUCGUGAUUCUUACUAUGCCAUUUUCUCUCUUCAUUUGCUUCAAGGUGGUGCAAGAAUACGAGAGAGCCGUGAUAUUUCGUCUAGGACGACUUUUGGCUGGUGGUGCUAAAGGACCCGGAAUCUUUUUCAUUCUGCCUUGUGUGGAUAAUUACGCGCGUGUCGACCUACGUACACGAACGUACGAUGUACCACCUCAAGAAGUGUUGACGAAGGACAGCGUGACGGUAUCGGUUGACGCAGUAGUGUACUAUCGCGUGAACAAUGCGACGAUUUCGAUCACAAACGUUGAGAACGCUCAUCACAGCACUAAACUAUUGGCACAAACUACGCUUCGCAACACGAUGGGAACCAGGCCGCUUCACGAGAUUCUCAGCGAACGCGAAACGAUCUCCGGGAACAUGCAGGUUUCCUUGGACGAAGCUACCGAUACAUGGGGAAUCAAAGUGGAACGAGUCGAAAUAAAAGAUGUGCGACUACCGGUGCAAUUACAAAGGGCCAUGGCUGCGGAAGCUGAAGCUGCUCGCGAAGCCCGUGCCAAGGUUAUCGCAGCAGAGGGUGAACAGAAGGCUAGUCGAGCGUUAAGGGAAGCUUCGGAGGUGAUCGGUGAUUCACCCGCCGCAUUGCAACUUCGCUACUUACAAACUUUAAACACUAUUUCAGCCGAGAAAAAUUCAACGAUCGUAUUCCCAUUGCCUAUCGAUAUGCUAACAUAUUUCAUGAAAGCAGCUGCCGGAAAGGACUCUUAAUAUCUCGAUACAAGCUAAGAGUCUAUUAUCUCAUCAGAGUCAUCUACAAUCUUCUGUGCGUAAGGAAUGUGUGUAAUAUAUAAUUAACGCUAUAUAGCAUUAUGUACUGGAAAUCGACAUAACAAGGGGCAAGGAUACUUAAUUUUAUUGUUGGUACAAUGAACAAAUAUUCGAUGAAAAUGAGGUCAGCUCCAAAAGAAGUUACUCACCAUCUAUGGAUUACACCUAAUUGAUUCUCUAACCGACCGUGUACUUUUAUAGCGUACUUGACUUGAUCCUUUUUCCAUCGAUUAUAGCAAAACGUUUUAGAUCUCAUCACCACAUCACCGUAUCUGUCGACCAAUUUUAUAACACGUCAUACAUACAGUGGUUACAAAAAAUAUUGGCACACUAUUGUAUUUAUUAUAGCAUUUAUAUACUAAUUAAUCAAGUCCAAGUAUAUUAAAUUUCGUAUCAUUAGUAAGGAUAAUGGAAAUUAAUUUUACUCUUGUACUUAUUUAUUCAUGUAUGUUUCGUGUAUGUUCACGCGUGUACGUGUGUAGUAUAAUGUAAAGCAAUGUUUUAUAAGAAUUUUAUAAUCCAGGAGAAGAGGAACGAACCUCUUCGAAAUGUAAUCUUCGUUUUAUCGAACGAAAGUACAAAAAGAUUCACUUCGCACUCGUGAUAAUUAUGUAUGUGAACAUGUAACUUUUUCCUUCUACGACUCACAGUUUCAACAUAUGUUGUGAACGAUAUACAUGUAAGUAAUGUACAUAUGCUCAAUGUCCCUGUAUAUUUACUACUGAUACAAAGGACUGUUAAACAGAGUUUGAGAAUAAUUAAUUUAAAAGAUGUUUUAACUUUGAUUUUAUCAAAUUUAGGAUACGAAUGUGUUUAUAUUCUUCUUAUCUUCUACUUUGAAAAAAUACUGUUUAUCAUUAUAUUAAAAUAUUAAAGAUAUUAAAAUAUU